AGUGAUGAAGAGUGGAAGCCAAGUACGAGACUGCGAUUCAUACAGGCAGUCACAUGGAUCAACGUCUUCCUCACUGGAUUUGACUCGACCGUCGCAGCCAGCAUCUACACCAAGGUGGCAUCCGACUUUGGCGCCGCCAAUAAUGCUGUGUGGGUCAGCACAAGCUAUCUCAUCACUGCUGUCAGCUUCCAAGCCCUGUACGGCAGACUGUCUGAUAUACUUGGUAGAAGAGCCUUAUUCCUUUUUGGGACUACAGUCUUUUCCAUUGGGAGCUUGCUGUGCGGCGUGUCAAAUAGCAUGCUCGCUCUCAACAUCUCUCGAGCAAUCGCAGGAUUAGGAGGAGGUGGUCUGAUGACGAUGGCCACUGUCGUGCUUUCGGACAAUGUUCCUUUCAAGCGGAGGGGUCUCUACCAAGCGGCCAAUAACCUCAUGUAUGGCUUAGGAGGCGCACUCGGUGCCUCGUGUGGCGGCAUCGUUACACAGCUCAUCGGCUGGCGGUAUGUCUUCCUACUUCAGCUACCCUUGUCUCUAGCUGCGGUCUUGGGCGGUGCGCUGCUAGUCAAGGACCCAGAGGUGAUGCCACUUCCGCGCGAUGCUCCCAUCGACCUAGCAGGUGCGAUCACGCUCGUCGUCUCUGUCUCGGCACUCCUGCUCGCGCUAAGCAUGGGGGGAAAUGAAAUCGAGUGGUCUUCUUGGACCAGCAUAUCGCUUUUCGCCUUGGCAUUCUCUUGCUUUUACGUCUUCUUCCGCGUUGCGGAAGCGCGAGCGACUGCACCGAUUCUACCGGCAAGAAUGGUGUUCGGCAGCAGGCUCUCGAAGUCGAACGUGGCCACGAACUUCUUGUCAGGAGCCAGCAUCUAUGCCACUCUUUUCACCGUUCCUCUCUACUUUCUAGGCUGUCGACUUGAGGACACUUCUCGAGUCGGAAAGCGUCUGAUCCUGCCGGCUCUCGGAUUUCCCAUCGGCGCCAUUGCAGCCGGCUACGUCAUGUCCCGGUACGGCAAGCUUGGGACCCUCGUGCAGAUUGGCUGCGUGGUCUUGACUCUUGGCAGUCUGCUGCCUCUGCAGUUCGACUUGGAUGCCAGCGCCCCAACACGAUCCGGGGUCUAUUACUUUCUCCGGCUAAUCCCGGUACAGAUUGGUCAAGGCCUUAUCAAUCCCAGCAGUCUCUUUACGAUGCUCGCUGCAUUUCCUCAUCAAGAUCAAGCCGUCGCCACAUCUACUGUGUACUUGUGUCGCAGUCUUGGCAACGUCGCUGGUGUCGCAAUGGGCUCUGCUAUUUUGCAGAAUUGGUUGCGUGCCAAGCUACCAUCAGUGAUCGACGCUGCGUUGCCGGAUGCAAGCCCCAUCGAGAAGGCAAGAAUUGUGGAAAACGUUCGACACUCCACCGAUGCCAUACGAGAUUUGCCCGAUAGUUACAGGGGAGCAGUUACUGCGACCUACGGGCGCGGCGUAAUGGUCGCUCUGACUGCCGCUGCCGUACUUGCAGCUCUGUCAUUCAUUAGCAGCCUGUGGGCCAAGGGGGUGGGAUUGCAUAGA